AUGGCAGAGAGCGGCAGCGUCGAUCGUUUCGAGCUUCCUGCGCAUCCCAGCCGCACAGCCCCCACCGGUCGGCCGCCAUCCGAUGCGGUACCGCUCGUCUGCACUGUCGGAACAUCAGCGCCAGUCGAGGGAGUAUCGUCGAGGGAGUAUCGGCAGCAUGCAGCACACCAGCCGCGGGGCUUUCCGAGGCCUCCAACUCUGAUCCUUCUGCGCCGCACACCGACGACGCAUACCCACAACGGUGCCGACAACCUCGCGAGUGGUCACACCACGGCGAUCAUAGCGUCCUCAUACCUCGUCGUCUCUCUUGACUCGCGCAUCCCCACUUCCGACAACAUCCAGCUGCGCUCGUCCUCGGCAGUCAUUCCUGUCGCGCAUCAUCGUAUCGACCUUCUCGACAACAUCCUGCAGCGCCCCUCGCCUGCUCGCGACCAGGACUUCGCAAUCCUACCUGCGCCAUCCCGCUGGUGA